AUGUUGCAACCUGAACCAAUAAUCACUGAUGGUGCACAUAAAACUCAAGAAGAUGAACAAGGCCCAGAUGGAUCUAGAACCAAACCUUCACGUUGGGGAGUUUUGGCUAGUGCUUCAGCCAUUGCUGUACAGAAAAAACCUGAAGUUGAUAUUUCAAAAAUUCCAGAACGGCGACCAGCCGAGAAUGGGGUAGAUGGAGCAAGCACAGAUCUAUCACAUCAAAUUAUUGAUGUCCCAGAAGGUGAACAAGGCCCAGAUGGAUCUAGAGCCAAACCUUCACAGUGGGGACUUUUGGCUAGUGCUUCAGCGAUUGCUAUACCAAAAAAACCUCAAGUAGAUAUUUCAAAAAUUCCAGAACAACAAAAACCAAUUGACGAGGCUGCAGAUGUCGGGGUAAGCACAGAGCCCCUAGGAAGUACAACAUCGGCUUCUACAACUACAGCAGGUGCAGUUCAAGAACCAGGAAGCGGAAAGACAUGGGAUAUUCCGAAAAGCAUAGUGUACGGUGGUCUGAUUGAAUCUAUUGCAAGCCUUAGCAUUGUGGCAUCUUCAGCAAGUGCAGAUGCUACAACAUUGAGCAUUCUGGCUCUAUCUCUUGCAAACCUGAUCGGAGGACUUUUCAUCCUUGUUCAUCAUAUGUGGGACCUGAAAUCGAGCAACAAGGCACAAAUGAACUUCACUGGAGCUCUGAGUUCUGUACUUUCUUACUUGGCUGGUGUUCUUAUAAGGAAACUUCUGGAGAAGCUUGGAUUUGGCUCAGAAAGCUCACUCGGUUUUACCUUGACGCUGCCUGAGAUGAGUAUAACUGAGAAGCCUAGAUUUGGAUCCUACUGA